AUGGCCCCCAAAAGGAAACUCAUAGUGAUAGUCGGCAUAACUGGAAACCAAGGCGGCAGCGUCGCCUCACGCUUCCUCUCCGACCCCAGGUACCAUAUCCGCGGGCUCACCCGGAACCCAUGCUCCCCCAGCGCUCGGGCGCUGGCCUCCAAGGGCGUCGAAAUCAUCCCCGCCGACCUCGACGACGUAGCCACCCUGAUCCCCGCCUUCCGGGGCGCGAAUCUUAUCUUCAGCGUAACGAACUACUGGGAGCCUUUCUUCCGACCCGACUGCCGUGCCAAGGCCGCAGAGCUCGGGAUGAGCUGCCGGAAGUACGCGUAUGAGGUUGAGGUCAGACAGGGCAGGAAUAUUGCGGAUGCGGUGGCGACGACGGUCGAGUCCUUGGACGAGAAUGGGUUUAUCGCGUCGACGCUGAGUCAUGCGGCACGGUGUAGUAGGGGCAGGUUCAACGAGUUGUAUCACUUCGAUGCGAAGGCGGAGGUUUUCCCUGAUCAUGUGGGGGAGAAUCAUAAGCUGCUGGCGAGAAAGACGAGUUAUGUGCAGACGGGGUUCUUUAUGAGUUCUUAUCGGUUGGCGCUGGGGGCAUAUUUCAGAAAGACGGACGAAGAUUCCUUCCUCAUGUCCUUCCCCUGCUCUCGACAUGCACCGAUCCCGCAUCUCGACGUCAGUACCGACCUUGGCCCCUUCAUCUACGCCGUCUCUCAGCUUCCGCCUGGCAAGCAUUACCUCGCCGCCGGGACAACCUGCAGCUGGAGCGAGUACAUGCGCAUCUGGAGCGAGACUACAGGGAAUCAGACCAGUUAUAAAGAGACUGGUCUACAGGAGUUAAUUGAAAAUACUCCGGAUAAAGAGUUUGGGAGAGAGAUUGGAGACAUGUAUCUUUAUUCCAGUAAUCCGGGGUAUGAUGGUGGGGAUAAGACGUUGUUGAAGGCACAGGAUAUUAAGAAGCUUGGUGCAGAGUGCCCGAUGACGGGUUUGGAGGAGUGGAUGAGGAAGGAAGAUUGGUCGAUGGUUCUUAACCAGUGA